AGAGAGAGAGAGAGAGAGAGUGAGUGGGUGGUAAAAACAAUUUAAUAAAAUCAUUAAAGCAGCUGGGACAGCGAGGGGCCCAAGCGAACGUGCGACGAAUGUGCUGAAAAUCACUUAAAAACUAUUUUCACGCAAAUUGCUUCAGUGCCAUUUGAUAGGUAACCGAGGCAGCAAGACAAGAGAGGAAGCAGAGGGAGAGAGGGCGUGAGCAGGAGUGGGGCUGGGGGUAACGUGCUGCUGCUGGUGCUGCUUGCACGUGCACGUGAUGGAUGGACUGCGUCUGACCCACUCGCUGGCAACAUUCGCCAUUCGUCUCCCUGUCACGUUCGUCAUGCAUGUAAAUGAAGAAGUUCCCGGAUCGGGCACGCUGGCCGCAAGUCAAGCAACAGGAUUCGGACUGCUCUGUGGCCACGCAGAUGGCACGAGGAGGGCAGGGCGGAGGCAGCGCCGAGAGCCAAAGAGAGCGAAGCAGCUAGACACCGCUCAAAAUGUCCAAAUGGUGGUCAGCGCUCACAGUUGUCGCUGUCUCUGCUGCUGCUCCUGCUCCUGCUACUCCUGCUCCUGCUCCUGCUGCUCCCGCUCCUACUGCUGCUCCUGCUACUCCUGCUCCUGCUGUCGUUGUACUUUGGCAAAUGUUGUUGUCGAGCGUCUGCUUAGUGUCUGCACGUUUAGUUGAACAUUGGUCGGAACAGCAGCGC